AUGUUGCUAUUAAGUAUUGUAUUAAUCGCUGUAUCUAUUGCUGGUCAAACAGGUCAAGAGACUUCUACUGCUGGUUCUACAGAUUUUCCAACGACUUCUUCAUAUGGUUAUACAGAUUAUCAAACAGCAUCAACAGAUAAUUGUACAGGAAGUGCAUCUAUCUGUACAGAACAACUUCCAUUUAAUAUAAGCAAUCCACCAGAUGUAUGGCUUGAUGCAAGAGUUAGUGUUCCAACAAUAGACUUACGUGUAGAUAAUAUUCAAGCUCGUUUAAAUCUUGAUCUACGUGUAACAUCACUUGUUAAUAUAACUGCUGGUGUAUCCGUUAGUAUUUCAUCUGUUGAAUUAAAAAUUCUCGGUGUUAGUGCUCAUGUUCAAUUGGCUGUGAAAUUUGAUAAAAUUGUCGAGAUUGUUAAUCGAACACUUGAAUCACUUGAUCUUAAUCCUCUUCUUGCAACAACGAUCAAAGGUGUUCAAAAUACAGUCAACAAUAUUGUCUAA